GAAGACUGAAGACACUGCGUAUCGCCUGUGUUCCCUCAUACACAGCCAUUGCAGAGCAUUGAAUCCAGCUGUAGCCCUUUCGAUACUGCCGUAAAGAUGGGGAAAGAUCCAACCAAGCCUAGGGGGAAGAUGUCCUCCUAUGCUUAUUUUGUCCAAACCUGUCGGGAGGAGCACAAGAAGAAGCACCCCGAUGCUUCGGUCAACUUCUCCGAGUUCUCCAAGAAGUGUUCUGAGCGAUGGAAGACAAUGACUGCCAAGGAGAAGGGCAAGUUUGAGGACCUGGCCAGGCAGGACAAGGUGCGCUAUGAGAGGGAGAUGAUGAACUACGUUCCAGCCAAGGGGGGAAAGAGGAAGAAGAAGUUCAAGGACCCCAAUGCCCCCAAGAGACCCCCAUCUGCCUUCUUCAUCUUUUGCGCAGAAUUUCGCCCUAAGGUGAAAGGUGAGACUCCCGGUCUGACCAUUGGAGAUGUCGCCAAGAGGCUUGGCGAGAUGUGGAACAGCACUGCUGCGGAGGACAAGCAGCCCUUCGAGAAGAAGGCUUCUAAACUGAAGGAGAAGUACGAGAAGGAGGUCGCGGCAUAUCGCGCCAAGGGCAAACCCGGUGCUGCAGCACCAGCGAAAGCCCCUGCCAAGGCCGAGAAGGAUGACGACGACGAUGAUGAGGACGAAGAGGACGAGGAGGAGGAAGACGAUGAUGACGACGAUGACUAAAAAGGUUCAGAGUGACAUACUCUAUAUGUAUAGUGGUCAUUUUCUUGUUUAUAAAGCAUUUAACCCCCUUGUAAACACUUCACUUACUAAAAGAUAAUACAUUAGUAUCCAAGGGGUUGAAAAAAAAACGACAAAAAAGGCUGUGUAUAUCAGUUGUUUUUAUGCUGUACAGUUUUUUUCUCCUUUUUGUAUAGUUAACACUACACAAGUAUCGUGUCUGUAUCUUUCUGCCAGUCUUAUUUUUCCAGUGAUAGUUCCUAGACCACUAUCCUGCCUGGUACAGUGUAAAGGGGUGGGCUUACAGUAUUUACCCUAGCUAGAGGUGCACAGCACAUAAAAAAAAAAUCCUGAUUUAGAGCUGAGUGUUUUUUUCCCCUUUCCUUUCUUUCUUUGUGUGUUUUUAUUUUAAAAAUGACGUUAUCAAGGUUGACGUAUCACCAUUGUUUUACUGAUCUUUAUGUACCACUGUAAUAGCAAAAUAAAAAGAAAGCGCCUUGUUUAUUGUUGAAAUUUAAAUUGCUUCUGAUGUCAAUAAACAUUUUUUUUUUAAA